AUGGCACUGGACUUUGAGGCCAAUGCGUCAAAAAUCAUAGCAUUGCGCAAUCGCGCGCUAAUCCAAGCCGCCACGUCGAAGGACGUGAGCACGCGCCAGAACUACGAGCGGCUGCUGCUGGAGCGGCGGCUUGCAAGUGACGUUAAGGAGAAGGAAGCAGAGCUCCGUAAUCGCGAAAAAGGCCGGUUUGACCUGAUCCAGCUUGGAGCGAACGAGCUGGAGAUGCUGAAAAAUCUCCCGAGAGCGUUUUUGGUCAACUCACCGCCUCGAAAACAGAAACGGCCGACGCCUAGCGCCGUUGCAACGAUAGCCGCCCAAUUGGACACUAACGCGGGCCAGGACCAGUUGCCGACGCAGCUGCCUCAGGCCACUAAUCAAGGAUAUUUGCCGCCGCCAGACACGAUAUCAAAUGCCGAGGUGCGUUCUGCUAAACGGGUUCACCGGUCCGUGCCCGAGUUCGUUCCCAAGCUGGACUACUAA